AGCGUCCGUCUGCUGGCUGGCUGGCCCCUUCUUCCCACAGAGGGCUCGCCAUGAACGCCGCUGGGCCUCCGCCGCCGGGCCAAGACGGGGAGGAGGAAGAGAAGCAGCAGCAGCAGAAGCAAAAGAAGGGACGGGAUCCUUUUGCGCGGGAAGAAGCAUGAGCCGAGCAGCGGGCGGCUGGGAGAUGGAGCCGCUCCGGGGAGAUGCAGGAGGAGGAGGAGGGAGUAGCAGCGGAGGAGGCGGACAUUGCCGCAACUUCCUCUCCCCUCCGGCCUUCGGGAGCGCGCCGCCGAGCCGCCCGGGGGCUUCCUCCUCCUCCUCGGGUUUCCCUUACGAGCGCUCCGCCGGGGCUCGCUCGUCCUCCUCCUCGGAGGCGCCUUCCUCCAAGGACUGCUCCGGGCCCUCGACGGCGGCCCCUCCUCCCUCCGCAACUGCUAGCGCCGCGGCCGCUGCCGCCGCCGCGCUGGGCUACCACCCGGGAUACCACCCCUACUACAGCUGCCGGAUGGCCCACGGGGUCGGGCUACAGCAGAACGCCGCGCUCAAGGCCUCCCCGCACGCCGCCGCCUUCCCCGUGGAGAAGUACAUGGACGUGGCCGGGCUGGGCGCCGGAGGGGCUGGAGCAGCGGCGGUGGGAGGCGUCGGCGGCGUCGGCGAGGCUUCCACCCGGGCCAAGGAGGUCUCCUUCUAUCAGGGCUAUGCCGCCGCUGCCGCCGCUGCCGCCGCCGCCGGGGGGCCCUACCAGCACGUGCCCACAAGCUACCUGGACGUGGUCUCCACUUUUGGCUCCGCGGCGGCCGGGGAGCCCCGCCACGAGGCCUACAUCUCCAUGGAGGGCUACCAGUCCUGGACGCUGGCCAACGGGUGGAACGGGCAGGUGUACUGCGCCAAGGACCAAGGUCAAGGCUCCCACUUUUGGAAGUCCUCCUUCACAGGAGACGUGACCCUCAACCAGCCGGAGAUGUGCGUCUACCGCCGCGGGCGCAAGAAGCGGGUUCCUUACACCAAGUUGCAGCUGAAGGAGCUGGAGAGCGAGUACGCCCUCAACAAGUUCAUCAACAAGGACAAGCGGCGGCGGAUCUCAGCGGCCACCAACCUCUCCGAGAGGCAGGUCACCAUCUGGUUCCAGAACCGCCGCGUCAAGGACAAGAAAAUCGUCUCCAAGCUGAAGGACAAUGUCUCCUGAUCCGGGACCUCCGCCUCGGCUUGGGCUUAGGUUCGCCUUCUCCUUUGCUUUGAAAAAGACUUGAAAUAUCUUUAAUAUUUCUCCUUAAGUAAAGGGGGCAUUUUUGGAACUGCUUAUAGCCAAAGGCUCGCCAUUUCUUCAUGGAUGUAAUGGAAUGCUGCAGGUAUUUUUUUUAAAAAUCCAUGUAUUUUGGUAGUUUCUGUUUCUCUCGCCUCACCCCAGGCCUUUGUCCUGUGGAGAAACUUCUUUAAAGUGGAUGGAGGAAAUCCAGGUGCUAAAAAAAAAAAGUGGAGGGGUCUGAGAUUGUAUAUAGAUAUAUCUCAGAUGUAUACACACACACAGCUACACACAACCCUCCGGAGUUUGAUCACGGUUUAGAAGGCAAUAAUAAUAGUGAGUACAAUAUAGGCGGGAUCAUGGACCAGGUAAAGGGCAACGUGGGUGGCGACUGUAAAUGUGAAAUAAUCUAGAAAGGACUUCCAGUUUUCCGCAACCGCCCUCCAAAGUGUGGUUGUUCCCUUUUGGAAGGCUUCUCCUUCAGCUUCCUAAACAGAAGCAAACUUUGUUGAAAUAAAAAACAAACAAACUAAUUACUGCCCCGUGAAACCUUCGCACAAUCGGGAUGGAGAUCAAGUGACAAUUGUGUGUUGUCGAAGGCUUUCAUGGUCUGAAUCACUGGGUUGCUGUGAGUUUUCCGGGUUGUAUGACCAUGUUCCAGAAGCAUUCUCUCCUGUGGACAAGUCUGCAAAGGGACCACCAAACGCAGCACUGCCCAAACACCAGCAUGAAAGGCAUUGCAGACUAACUGAACCAGAGAAGUCAGCCACAGCAGAGCAAUUGAUGAACCAACCUGGACACAGUGUAUUAUUUCAGAUCACAGAAAUGCUGGAGCACUCCAACAACCACAUGUCAGACUACACACAGAAGCCAUUGAAAUCCACAAGCAUGUUGACAAUCUCAACAGAAAGGAGGAAACCGUGAAAAUGAACAUCUGGCUAGCAGUAUUUUAAAAACUCUAAAAUCAGGACAGUAAAUAAAGUACAACACUCAGAAAACAGGAGAAUUCCAGACAGGAAAUAAUCAAGGCCAACUAACACCUUAUAACAAAGGAUUCCCCAGGCAGGAAUCAGUCAGGCCUUGAAGCUGCAAGGCUUUUCAAGGUGGUCCAUUGCAACAUUCACAAGUGCCUCCAUCAGACAAGAGUUCUUUCUCCCAUUCUGGACCUUUGAAAGUUAUAUAAACCUUCCUUGCCUAGUUUCCAAUAUUCCUCACAACCUCUGAGAAUUCUUGCCAUGGAUGUGGGCGAACCCAUAUAGCCCGGAAAACUCACAGCAACCCAGCUCUUUUUUUU